AUGAGUCCAGGGACUCAAGAGAAACGGCACAACUGGCCACUGAGGGGCCGCAGGAGAAGAUGGCAGGUCUCCACAGGAGAUAAAGUUCCUUGUAAUUUUUGCUUGUUGGCAGAACUUGAAGAAGGACAAAAAGGAGUAGUGAGCGGGGGCCUUGAGGAUGCUGACGAUAUGACACUUGCCAGGUAGAACAUGAUUCAUGGGCCACCAGGGACCAAUGAUGGAAGCAGACUACAGAGCCUGCAAGUAGAAUGUGGACCUAACUAUCCAGAAGCACCUCCACUAGUUAGAUUUGUAACAAAAAUGAGUAUGAAUGGAAUCAAGAAUCCCAGGGCACCAGUGGGCGCCUGCAGCAUACCAGUAUUAGGACAAGGGCCAAAUUCCCAUCGCAUUCAAGCUGGACUUCAGGAGCUAAGACGGCCAAUGACGCCCAAAGAAACUAUGAAGCUUCCACAGCCACCAGAAGGACAAACAUCCAACAACUAA